CUGGAGGCUCCUCCCAAUGCUCACUUCACCUUUCACCUCUUCGCGGCCGCCGGUAAGCCUCAGGCCCCGCCCACCGGGGGGGUGGAAAUGCUCUUCCGUGACCCACAAUUAUUGGUGACUAUUGCCUGUCCAUAACAGGAAAAGCGGUUACGGAUUGGCUGAGGCGAAGUAGUAGGGCGGAAGAGUGGGUAUAGCUGCCUGCACGCACGCUUGGUGCGUGCGCGGCGACGGCGGCGGCAGGCAGUGGCAGUCAUGGCGGCUCAGUGCGUGAGGCUGGCGCGGCGCAGUCUUCCGGCUUUGGCGUUGUCUCUCAGAAACAAAGUCUUCGUUUCUCGUGUGUGGACUCCCUGCAGGCCAUCUCCCCGGUUGUUGUGCACAGCCACGAAACAAAAGAACAGUGGCCAGAACCUGGAAGAGGACAUGGGUCAGAGUGAACAGAAGGCAGAUCCUCCUGCUACAGAGAAGAGCCUCCUGGAAGAGAAGGUUAAGUUGGAGGAGCAGCUGAAGGAGACUGUGGAAAAAUAUAAACGAGCUUUGGCAGACACUGAGAACUUGCGGCAGAGGAGCCAGAAAUUGGUGGAGGAGGCAAAAUUAUAUGGCAUUCAAGCCUUCUGCAAGGACUUGUUGGAGGUGGCAGACGUUCUGGAGAAGGCAACACAGUGUGUUCCUAAAGAAGAAAUUAAAGACGAUAACCCUCACCUGAAGAACCUCUAUGAGGGGCUGGUCAUGACUGAAGUCCAGAUCCAGAAGGUGUUCACAAAGCAUGGCUUGCUCAAGUUGAACCCUGUCGGAGCCAAGUUCGACCCUUAUGAACAUGAGGCCUUGUUCCACACGCCCGUUGAGGGGAAGGAGCCGGGCACAGUGGCCCUAGUUAGCAAAGUGGGGUACAAGCUGCAUGGGCGCACUCUGAGACCUGCCCUGGUGGGGGUGGUGAAGGAAGCUUAGCUGCUAUUGAUGGGGUGGGUGUUUUUAAACUCACUUGCUGUAACUCUUAAGGCUGGUUCAUUGUUUCUCAUCUUUGAGUACAUGUGACCUUUUCCCAAACCUUGUUGGAAACCUUAAGUAACCAGUGGCUAAACAGAAAAUGAAGCGGGUUGCAUAACUGCGUUAAUGAACUGUAAUUCGGGAGUCUGUUCCCUUUUAGUGCCACGCGUUGAAUAGUUCCACAUACUUAGAAGAGCUCAGCGGGGCUCUGCCAGGUCUCCUGAGCAUCAUGAGUAAUGUGUCUGCUCAGACUCUGCUGACACCAAAGUAUUUUAAAUAAAAGGUCUUGGGGAAUUCUGUUUGGCUACCUGGACGUGCCAGUCUGCACCGUGUGUCCCUGCAGCUCACUGCGUGUGGCGCAUGAGUGACUGGCAUAUUUAGCCCAUCACAUUUCAUUCGCUGAAGGAAAGGCAAGAGUUGAAACAUUUUCCGUAAAAAAAAUGAUCUUUGUGAAGAACAUAGUGAGUUCGUUUGUCAUCAGUCAACAGCGGCUGAAACUGACCACUGAGAAAUGGGCGUGGGCACUGACAAUUCUCAGCACCAUUAUUUGGCCAGGAAUUGAGCUUGGCUUGGCAAAGGUCCUUUUACCCUGUUCUGUUCAUCUAAAUGCAGACAUAUUUAAAUCAUAUUCAACUAGUUACUAACGACCUCAAGGUGUAUUCCCUGGCAAAAUGGACUUUCUCAAAAUAGGACUGCACGCUUGGUGUACUUUAAAUGUUAAUGUUUAAUUUAAAAAUUUUAUUUAAGAGGAUUAAAGCCCUAAUGUUUAUUUUCCUACUUUCUGAUAACAA